AUGUCAUUGCCUCGCUGUUUACUGACUUUCUUUCUUUUUCUCUUUCUUUUGGGGGGUUUUCCAGCUUUUUUAUUGGCGUACAGUGAACAAGAGAUGCCAAUUCAGGGUGUGUGUGAAAGCGAAGGCCUUCGGCAGCCGUCGCCAGUACAAUCCGAAGAACCCUUGCUGGGAAGGGGCAUGUCCAGUGUUCAGUUCCUUGGGAGGCAGAAGGAGAGUACGUCGAAACUGGCGCUGACAUUCAAGGACAUCACAUACACGUUGCCAAAGUGCAGUGGGAGGAGUGAAAUUCUAUGCGGCAUCUCUGGCUACGUGCGGAGUGGCGAGAUGCUGGCCAUUUUGGGGCCGUCGGGUGCUGGUAAGUCCACCCUGCUAGACAUCCUCGCGAAGCGCACGGUUAGCGGUGAGGUGGGCGGGGAGGUUUUGCUCAACGGCAGAGCCAUCAAAGACGCCGCCUUUCGUCGCAUCACUGCGUAUGUGCAGCAGGUGGACGUCAUGCAGUGUUUUCUAACGGUGCGGGAAACCAUAUCUUAUGCGGCGCAGCUGCGCACGCCCCCUUCUUUCAAGAGGCGGGAGGUCCGUGCCCGCGUAGAGGAAGUCAUGCGUCAGCUUGGUAUUGAUGGGAUUCAGAACAAGAAAAUUGGCUCGGAUUUGGUGCGCGGGAUCAGCGGGGGCGAAAAGAAACGGUGCGCCAUCGCCAUUGAGUUGGUGGCUUCCCCCUCUUUGAUUUUUCUCGACGAGCCAACCACCGGCCUCGAUGCGUUCACCGCGCUGCAUCUGAUGAAAAUCUUCAAGGAACUCACAUCGCUCGGUACCGCCGUCGUUUUUUCCAUCCACCAGCCACGCAGCAGCUGUUUUGCCCUUUUUGACCGGCUGUUAUUGUUGAAUGGCUACGGCGAAGAGGUUUACUUUGGACCUGCGGGUGAAGCCAUGUCGUUUUUUGCCCAAAUUGGCGUUGUACCGUCGGCACCCGAAAACCCGGCAGAUUUUCUACUUGACAGCAUCUCGGUGCCGCCAGAGGAAGAGCUGCUGGCAUGUGGGGAUGAGGCGCGGCUAUGCCACGUCGCAUGCGGGCAGAGCGCCCCCAACAUCGCGGCGGCGUUCCGAGACAGGCUGCUUGAGGGGAUCGAACGGGAAAUUGACGCCAUCGAUGACACAUUCAUGCAAAUAGGCUCAGAAACAUCGAUGGCAAAGGAUGUCUCGCCAUAUUUCCGCAGCGUGUGGACUCAGAUCCGUGUGGUGUCUAUGCGAGGGGUUAUCAACAAAAUCCGUGAUCCCAUGGCCGUUAUUGUCACGUUUGCCGCGUCGAUAUUCUUUGCUCUUCUUACCGGCAGCGUUUAUUUUCGUCUGGGGCUUGACCAGCCGUCGAUUCGGAACCGCAUGGGUGUUUUGUUUUUUAUCGUGAUGAACACCUCCCUCCACAGCGUAAGUGUCCUCAAUUUGCUCAUGGAGGACCGUCCUCUGCUGCUCCGGGAGCACCGCAACGGGAUGUACCGCCCCGUGGCGUUCUUCAUUGGGAAGAUUGUGCAGGAUUUACCCAUUAAAAUGGUGUCGAACUUUGUUUUCGACACCAUUGCUUAUUUUAUGGUCGGACUUCAACCCCGCGUUGACAAGUUUCUUUUGUUCUGUCUUAUAUGCUUCAUCAUCAUGCUGAACGGCUACACCUUCUGUCUACUUGUGUCGACCGUGUCGAAAAACAUACAGGUUGCGAAUAUUUUGGCACCGCUCGUUGUUGUGGUGUAUCUUUUGCCCUCGGGCGGUGUGCUGAUGAGUGUUGAAGCCAUCCCGCUGUUUUGGAAAUGGAUCAAGUACAUUUCUUUUGUGCGCUACGGCCUCACAACACUGGUGAUUAACGAGUUUGACGGACUGAAGUUUAACUGCAGCCCGGACGACGUGAUUUGCGUGCGUGAUGGAAAACUGUACGCCGAGAUGCAGGGCUUCUAUACAAAGGAUUUUUGGCGCUUCAUUGGGGCUGCCGCGGGAAGCGUGGGUGUUUAUUUACUAUUGGCCUACAUCGGCCUUGUGCUUGUGCGAACGCGGGGGAGUGGGUAG